AUGCAGCUCAGCUUUGCAGCCACAGCGAAACGCGUCAUCAAAAUGACCGGAAAGGCGAGAGCCGCUCUAGAAGAAAAGAGUUUAAAAAUGUCAUCAAAGAAGCGGAAAAACGAUGGUGGUGGAGAUAGCGCGAACACACACCUUAAGAAGGCACAAAAUAACCUGCAGGCUGGUAAUACUCCCACCGGCAGUGUAGGGUCUGCAGACGAAGAUGAGCUGGUCGAAAAAAAUAGCUCUGUCACAGCUUCACGGACAGUGUCCAUGUCUCCAUGUCCAGACUCAGUCUCGAGUCGGCGUGCCCUGCACUGUAUCACAGGCUGA